AAUAAGUAGGAAUUCUGUGAUUAUAUUCAGCAUCAGUGCCGACCAUUAUCUCAAGCAGCUCACGAGAUCCGAUCAGAUCCGUUGAUAUUCCCUUUCCCUUCCUCUUCCUCUUCUCUCUCUCUCUCUCUCUCUCUCUCUCUCUCUGUGGCUCCCUCUGCUCCUACCUCAUUUUUGCAUAUAUCGGGUGAGUCGUCCACCUGCUCUGAUCACGAAGAAUUCAAUCCUGAUUCCGUUGUUUGGCGGCGAAGUUCUCGAGAGCAGCUCUUCAAUUUCACUCAAAAUUAGGGCUUCUUUUUUCUUCUAAUACUGAGGUGGAAAUGCUUCGGAUCGUCAUCUAGGGUUCGUAAAGGUGCUACCUUUGCCUUCAAUUGCAUGAAGAUUUGGUGUUGCCUAUGCUUCACUUUCGAAGACGAAGAAGCACCGUUAAAGUGUAACAACGUUCAGGAUAAAGCCAUGAGGGAGGGCAUUUUCGAGAAUGACAACAACCCUGAGAGCAACAUUGAGAAUAACGCCGAGGAAACUGCAGCUACGAGAUUAGCGCUUGCGUUGACUGACAAUAGGCUGGAGCGUGAUGAUCAGGUCCCCUUGAGGUUGUUCGAGGAUAUGAUUAGAGCGAUGCGUAGUGGCCGUGCCAAUUGGGACGAGGGGGCACCUGGUUUAGACGAGGUGGUGCAUGUGGUUGCCCCGCUUGACUUGAGGAAGACCGCGAUUUGUUUCGCACAGCGAGGCCAGGGAGAGAGUAGUAGUUCCACAGCAGCAGCAGCCGCCGCCGCCGCCGCAGUGACAGGUAGUGGUAGCGAGGAUUGCGAUCGGGAUAUGCAUAAUAAGCGAGCCAAAGUUUACUCUGGUUCUCGUGAUUGUCAUUAUACAGAGGCUAUGUCUUCAGAUGCUGGCAAUACUAGUUCAUCAGCUGAUAGAGAUUUUCGUUUAAGUCAAAGCUCUUCUGUUCCAUCAAGGAAUGAGAUUUCUUAUCAUAAUUUCAUGUGGAAUUACAUCAGUGAUGAGAAUCCCUGUGAUUCUAGUGGUGGGAGAGAUGAUGGAGAUGAGGGUGGUACUUCUAAGUCAGAAGAUUUAGAAGUUCGGAUGGACCUUACAGAUGAUUUAUUGCAUAUGGUUUUCUCUUUCUUGGACCACAUUAAUCUCUGUCAAGCUGCAAUGGUUUGUAGGCAGUGGCGAGCAGCCAGUGCACAUGAAGACUUCUGGAGGUGUCUGAAUUUUGAGAAUCGGAACAUAUCUGUAGAACAAUUUGAAGACAUGUGUCGGAGAUACCCAAAUGCAACUGAAGUGAAUGUUCAUGGUGCUCCCAACAUCCACUUGCUUGUUAUGAAAGCAGUCUCUUCAUUAAGAAAUCUUGAGGUUUUAACAUUGGGAAGAGGACAACUAGGGGAUCUUUUUUUCCAUGCCUUAGCAGAGUGUAACAUGUUGAAGAGUUUGAAUGUCAAUGAUGCUACUCUGGGUAAUGGUGUUCAGGAGAUCCCUAUAAACCAUGAUAGAUUGUGUCAUCUUCAGCUUACAAAAUGCCGUGUGGUUAGGAUAUCUGUAAGGUGCCCACAACUCGAAACAUUGUCUUUGAAGCGCAGCAACAUAGCACAGGCUGUACUCAGUUGUCCUCUUUUGCGUCUCCUUGAUAUAGGGUCUUGCCACAAGCUUUCAGAUGCAGCAAUUCGCUCAGCAGCAACUUCAUGUCCUCAAUUGGAGUCUUUAGACAUGUCGAAUUGUUCAUGCGUUAGUGAUGAAACGUUACGAGAAGUAGCCCUCACUUGUGUUAAUCUCCAUAUUCUGGAUGCAUCAUAUUGUCCAAAUAUAUCACUUGAGUCUGUAAGACUGCCAAUGUUGACAGUUCUCAAGCUUCAUAGCUGUGAGGGAAUCACGUCAGCUUCUAUGGCUGCAAUAUCUCGUAGUUAUAUGUUGGAGGUUUUGGAGCUUGACAAUUGCAACCUAUUGACUUCUGUGUCAUUGGAUCUUCCUCGCCUGCAGAACAUACGGCUAGUACAUUGUCGCAAGUUUGCUGAUCUGAACUUACGAAGUAUCAUGCUAUCAUCUAUAAUGGUGUCUAAUUGUCCAGCACUCCAUCGUAUUAGCAUCACAUCAAACUCUCUUCAAAAACUAGUAUUGCAGAAACAGGAAAACCUCACAACAUUGGCAUUGCAAUGCCAAUGUUUGCAAGAAGUAGACCUCACAGAUUGUGAAUCUCUGACAAAUUCUAUUUGUGAAGUUUUUAGUGAUGGCGGGGGGUGCCCUAUGCUAAAAACAUUGGUUCUUGACAGUUGUCAGAGCUUGACGGCUGUGCAAUUCUGCAGCACCUCUUUAGUGAGUCUUUCCCUAGUUGGUUGCCGUGCUAUUACUGCUCUUGAAUUGAUGUGCCCGUGUCUUGAGAAAGUUUGUCUAGAUGGUUGUGAUCAUCUUGAGAGAGCAUCAUUUUCUCUUGUCGCACUCCGGUCACUGAAUUUGGGAAUUUGUCCCAAAUUAAGUGUACUUAAUAUUGAAGCACCAUAUAUGGUGUCACUCGAGUUGAAAGGAUGUGGUGUGUUGUCUGAAGCAACUAUCAACUGUCCUCUCCUAACAUCCUUGGAUGCUUCCUUCUGCAGCCAACUUAAGGAUGACUGCUUGUCUGCAACAACUGUGUCCUGCCCACUGAUCGAGUCAUUAAUAUUGAUGUCUUGCCCAUCUGUUGGUUCUGAUGGACUUUACUCUCUGCGUUGGCUUCCACGUCUGACUGUGCUAGAUUUGUCAUAUACUUUCAUAAUGAAUCUGAAGCCAGUUUUUGAGUCUUGUUUGCAACUGAAGGUACUAAAAUUGCAAGCCUGCAAGUAUCUCACUGACAAGUCUUUGGAGCCUCUUUACAAGGAAGGAGUUCUGACAGUGCUUCAGGAGUUGGAUUUGUCUUAUGGUACCCUCUGUCAGUCUGCCAUAGAGGAGCUUCUUGCUUGCUGUACACAUCUCACUCAUUUGAGCUUGAAUGGCUGUGUGAAUAUGCAUGACCUGAUUUGGGAAUAUAAUGGAGGUCAACUUUCUGAGUUUCCAAGCGUACAUAAUUCUUCUGCCCUGCUCUCUGAUAAGAAUAUAAAUGAACCAAUUGAGCAGGCAAACCAUUUGCUACAGAACCUCAAUUGUGUGGGUUGUCCAAAUAUUAGGAAAGUUCUCAUUCCACCAAUGGCGCGCUGUUCCCAUUUGUCAUCACUAAACCUUUCUUUAUCUGCCAAUUUGAAGGAAGUUGAUGUUACUUCUUUUAAUUUGUGUUUUCUUAAUUUGAGUAAUUGUUGCUCUUUGGAGGUAUUGAAGCUUGAGUGUCCUAGACUGACCAGUCUCUUUCUACAGUCUUGUAACAUUGAUGAGGAAGACGUUGAAGCUGCCGUAUCUCGAUGUAGCAUGCUGGAGACUCUAGAUGUGCGUUUUUGUCCAAAGAUUUGUACGAUAAGCAUGGGGAGAUUGCGAUCAGCAUGCCCAAGUUUGAAGCGUGUCUUUAGCAGCCUGUCACCUUCAUAAUGUGAAGAGAGAAUUUUGUUUCAUUUUUCCAAUCGUGAUUCACUUUGAGGUGAAGCGGCAGCUUUAUUUGGUGUGAUAUCUUCUGUUUCACUUGCUGUGUUGUAAAUGCACUGCUGUCUUCUUGAUGUUGUGGUAUAUAGGCACUUGUGGUAGCUGACUUAAUGCAAUAAUACAAUUAAAAACCUACUAAUAUCCACCUCCGCCUUUUCGAGUCUC